AUGGCUGAUAAAAAAUCAAAUUUUCCACCGGAAAUCGUAGAAAUUAUUCUAUCAAACUUAUCAGUAAAAUCUCUUUACCGAUUCAAAUCAGUUUCCAAGUCAUGGAAUACUAUAAUCACAGAUCCUGUAUUCAUCCAGAAUCAUAUCCAAAAAUCUAAGCAUUCAACCUCGCAUAACCUUUUCCUUCAUCGUGCGAUGUCGAGUACUUCUUCUAUCCGAUUUUCCGUGGUUAAAUUCGACGGUGAAAAAUUUCAAACCCUACCAGUAGUAAUAGAAGCCCCCUUUGGGUGUGGGUUGGUAUUAUGCUUUUGUGAUGGCAUCCUACUCUUAACCAACCAUUCGUACCAGAGACUUGUGUUGUGGAAUCCAUCCACUCGAACAGCGGAAAAGCUUUGGCAUCGGAAGGGCUGCAGUAAGGCGGCUUUCGGGCUUUGCCGUGAUCCAAACACUGACGAAUUUAAGGUUGUUGUUGCGGAUUGGUACCACUACUCAGUUUAUUCUUGUAAGAAGAAAUCCUGGAUUCUGAUGAAAAAAGAAUACGAAAUUGAAUACACUGGUUUAGGUUUCAAUCCAAGGAACACUUCACCGAAAGGAGUCUGUGUUGACGGGGUUAGCUAUUGGGUUUGGAGUCGCCUGACUGUUACAAAAAUAGUGUAUUAUGAUCCGAGAGAUGACAAGUUCAAGUUUUUGCGUUUGCCGGAAAAUGUAGACAAAUGCAAAAUUAUUUACUUGGUUAAUGUGAGGGGUUCUUUGUGCAUGUAUUGCAAUUUCUGUAAGGUUCAGAUUUGUACGAAGGAAAAUGGCGUAGACAAUAAUUCUUCGAAGGAGUUAAUAAGGGUUGAAUAUAAGAUGCCAUUUUGGUUUUCGUUGAAACUAUGUUCCGUGGGAAAUAAGAUUGUGUUCCACAAAAAUAAGGAUAGAUUAAUAAUUUACAACAACCCUUGUGAAAAGAGGUUGAAGAAAGUGAAGAUUACAAUGUAA